AUGAUGUUCCCCGUGGUUGUCGCAUCGAUGGGUCUACUGGGCAUGACUGCCGCAGACUCGUGCGAGAUGGUCGAGACCCCGGUCCAGCAAUCGACCGGGGCAGCGCCUAUCGAGGCCACCACUGCAACGUCCCCGUCACGAAACAGUUCCAAUUUUGCUCGCUUCUUCGACCAGGACCGGUUUCACACCAUGUUCCCGGAAGCCUUGGAGCUCUACACUUUCGAUGGUCUUGUGACCGCUACCAACAAGUACUCGGCGUUUGCCAAUACCGGCGACGACGCGAACGACAAGCGCGAGCUGGCAGCUUUCUUGGCCCAAACGGCCCACGAGAGUGACAACUUUAAGGCUGCAGAGGAGUAUGCCCGGGACACGUACUCAGUUUGGCAAUACUGUGACAACAGCACUUACCCGUGCGGCCCCGACCGUCGCUAUCACGGGCGAGGCCCUAUGCAGCUCGCGUGGAACUACAACUACUACAUUGCAGGGAAAGCUCUCGGCGUUGACCUCCUGAACAAUCCGGAGAUUGUCGCACAAGACACAACGGUGACGUGGAUGACUGCGCUUUGGUUCUGGAUGACCCCGCAGAAAUACGGCCGGAUCAUUCAUGAUUUCGUUGCGGGUGUGGAUGGCUUCGCUCAAUCCACUGACUCGAUCAACGGCGGUCUCGAGUGUGGCCCGGACGCCCCCAACCAGUUGAACGAGCAGCAGCGUAUUGCGUACUUUAUCAAGAUGUGCGAGGCGUUGGGCGUGCAGCCAGUGGGCAGCACUUCGUGCAACGCGUAA